CAGGGAGAGAGAGACUGCACCUGUGACGUUACACCUGAGUGUCAACAUAAGGAGGACUGAGAAACUGAGUGAAUGUGAAAAGAGAAUAGGAAGAGAAAGAGGGAAAAAUAAAGUAUAAGAAAUUAAUACAGAACCUCUAACUAGGAGAGCAGUAAGAUAUGGUUGGACAUUUUCACAUCUGAAAUCCACUCCCUCUCCAGGACACAGACCAAUUCUCCAUCAACAAGGUCAAUCCCCCCUCCAGUUUCUGUCUGUGCCAUGGCUGACCCUAGCUGGUGGAAGCUGACCUUCUCACGUAAGAAGUCUGAGGCCAAGGUUCUGUACGAGAUCCCCCCAGAGUAUGGCAAUAACACUGGGAAUAAGGAGCAUUGCAACAGCCCUCAGCUCCUCACAGACCCAAUGGAUAACCAGUUCAGUGCCAGACUGGAGAAGAUCGUGGAUAAGUCCGCCACUAAAGGGCGCCAUGUUAAGGUGUCCCACUCUGGUCGCUUCAAGGAGAAGAAGAAGAUCCGUGCCACACUGGCUGAGAACCCUAUGCUGUUCUCUGAACACAGUAUCAGUGAUGAGAACCACAGGGCAGAGAAAUAGCAGAAAACCAAGUACCUGCUGUUUAGGCUCUUUUUUUAGGCAUGCACAACAGACAGCCACACCAUUCACGACAACAACGCAGCCAUACUCUUACUUGCACAAAACAUAUAUACACUCCCAAGGUGGGCUCCACACCCAAGUACACAGAUAAUACUGUACCCAGCUGAAUUAUCGCACACACCCAAAUAAACAACACUGUUCAAGGUUCAUUGAUGCACAAACAUAUUAGAAUGUGUGGUAUCUUUGUGUGGAUAGCUAAGUACCUUCACCAGUUCAUUCCUGAGCGCACUGCACUUUGGAAAAAUGGACAAUGCUGAAGAUUUCCAAGAAUAUGGCAACAAAUAUGUUGACUGUGUCUGAACAAGGGCUCAUGACCAGUAACCUGGAGUGAAUAUUUCACUGUAGUAUAUGAGAAGAAAAUUAUGAAAAAUAUGUUUAGCUACAAAGGUUUGUCUGUUAUAAAUGUUAGUUAAACA